AUGUCCGUCCGAGAAGACUUGAGCGGCAUCGAGCCUGAAGGUCCACCCGCCGCUGACUUGGCCGGUAGCCGGGUUUGGCGAGCUUGUCUUGCUUGCCGGCGUAAAAAGAUCAAAUGCGAUGGAAAACAACCCUGUCACAACUGUAGCUCUCGUGAUCAGUCGUGCGAGUUCCCCGGAACAAAAGACAACGCUUCUGCCAGUCGUUACUACGUGACGUCUUUUGAAGCACGAUGCCAACAGAUGGAUACACUCUGUCAACGUCUAGAAGUGCUCACUGGGCAGCUAUCACAGUCUAUCGACGUCCUCAACAAACAGCCACAUGCGCCAGCGAGCCAGAAUCAGCCUUCUGGUCGUGUCUCCCCAGCUGAGAUCAUCAAUUCUUUCCCAAGACUUGAAGCGUUGUUAUCUCAAGCAACUGCAUCUCCUCGACAAGAGUCAAUAACGAAUGCAAACCCGAAUGCGUACGCAGGCGUUGCUGAAUUGGAUGUCAACACAGGCGCAAUAGACGAUGAAACCGAAUUAUUUUCACCCGAUAACAGCGAGGAUUACAAUGAUGAUUCUACUUCUGUAGAAAGUACCUUCAGGUUGACAAAGCCAGCCGCCGAGGAACUCAGCCAAGCAGGUGCCUUGGUACGAGAUUCUUAUGGCCGCCUACGGUAUGUCACUUAA